AGCCAGAAGCUGUUGCAGGAGUUCGUGGACUACGUCAAGUCGCACAAGGUGGUGCUGCUGGAGGACUUGGCUUCAGAAUUCAACUUGGCUACACAGGACGCUAUCGACCGGGUCGAGUCUCUGCAGGCUGCAAACCGACUUACGGGCAUCGUGGACGACCGUGGCAAAUUCAUCUACAUCACGGAGGAGGAGAUGGACAAGGUAGCCAAGUUCAUUCAACGCCGCGGACGCCUGGGCUUCGCCGAGCUGUCGAAGGAGUGCAACAAGCUCAUCCGACUAGACGGAGAGGCCGACAAGAAC